UAUUCACCGAGCGGCCUACAUCCAAAAAGGGUGAGAGAGGGCAACACUUUUUCGCUUCCCUUUCUCCUGUCCAUGGUUCUCCCCGAACCCUAACCCUAGCCCUUGAUCCACUCAUCCCCUACUUCUCUCGCCCGUCUCCCUCUUCUUCGUCCCUUCUCGUCACAUCGAGUAGGAGUCCACGGAGGGCGGGGGGAUGGAGAAUCACAAGAAGACUCCCGUUCGGGUGCGCUUCCGCGUGAGAGCCAAAAAGCAUGGCUUUGAAGCCGGCGGCUCCGGCUCUUCCGACGCCCGGAAGCGCCGGAGGCAGUUGGACUGCACCAACUCCGUCCGGAAGCUCCUGUGCCGCGAGAUCGGCGGCCACCCUCGCAUGGCCCGAUGCUCCUCCGAUGCCGCCGAGAAAUUCCGCAACAUCCAGCUCCAGGAGGAAUUUGAUACUUAUGAUAACAAUGUUAAUUGGUUUGUAAAGUUGCAAUUUCUAAAAAAGAGAUCAAAAAUUAUUGAGAUUGUUUCAGCAAAAGAUAUUAUAUUUGCCCUUGCACAAUCUGGACUUUGUGCUGCUUUUAGCCGAACCACUAACAAAAGGAUUUGCUGCUUGAAUAUAAGCCCAGAUGAAGUGAUUAGGAGUCUUUUUUAUAACAAGAACAAUGACUCCCUUAUUACAGUCUCAGUAUAUGCAUCAGAUAAUUUCAGUUCGUUGAAGUGCAGGACAACUCCAAUUGGAUACAUUAAAAGGAACCAAUUAAAUGCUGGAUUCCCACUUUUUGAAAGUGAAUCUCUUAAAUGGCCUGGCUUUGUCGAAUUUGAUGAUGUAAAUGGCAAGAUCCUAACUUACUCAGCGCAGGAUGGCAUCUACAAGGUUUUUGAUCUCAAGAACUACACAUUUCUGUAUGCAAUUUCAGAUAAGAAUGUGCAGGAGAUCAAGAUCAGCCCAGGAAUAAUGCUGUUAAUAUUCAAUAGAGAACCUAAUUGUGUUCCAUUAAAGAUACUCUCAAUUGAGGAUGGAACUGUGUUGAAAUCGUUUAAACACUUGUUACACCGAAGCAAGAAGGUUGAUUUUAUUGAGCAAUUCAAUGAGAAGCUUCUUGUUAAGCAGGAAAAUGAGAAUCUACAGAUUUUUGAUGUGAGAAAUUCAGAGAUUACAGAGGUUAGCAGGACAGAGUUUAUGACACCAUCAGCUUUUAUCUUUCUGUAUGAGAAUCAUCUUUUCCUAACAUUCCGAAAUAGGACAAUUGCUGUUUGGAAUUUCCGUGGUCAGCUAGUCACCUCUUUUGAAGAUCAUUUGUUGUGGCAUCCAGAUUGCAACACUAAUAAUAUUUACAUAACUAGUGAUCAAGAUCUGAUAAUUUCAUAUUGUAAAGCUGAAGAGGGACAUGGCAAUGAGGGAGAAGUCUCGACGGUUGGUUCCAUCAACAUGAGCAACAUCCUGACUGGUAAGUGCAUAGCCAAGAUAUCUGCUUCUGAUCCUGCACUUCAGAUCAGUCCUCGCAAAAGAGGCGACACAGGUAGAUCUUUGAUCAGAAGCACUGUCAGAGAAGCACUUGAAGACGUGACGGCACUAUUUUUUGACGAGGAUAGGAAUGAAAUUUACACAGGCAACAAGCAAGGUUUGAUACAUGUAUGGUCAAACUAGUUUGCAGUAAGUUCCUAGCAUUGUUGCCUAACUGUAAUAUAUUGAACACAUCUGAGAUCUUAAAUUCAAAUUCUUCCCUUGUGAUGUAUGCUUUGACAGAGUCCUUGUAUUUGUUUACAUCUAAGUGGAGCAGAUGUAAUCUAUCGUGAACUUGUUGAUGUCU